GCAAUUUUGUUAAGUCCGAUUUACUAACAUGGGAGAACUUGCUUCCUUUGUUUUUGUUCUCUUACUUCAUUGCUUCAUGGCCUCCUUAGCUUGGAGUAGUGAGACAAAUAUCACCACCGACACAUCAGCACUUCUUGCUUUUAAAUCCAUUAUCACUUCAGAUCCAUAUGAUUUCUUAGCUAAUUGGUCUGUCUCCUCUUCUCCAUGCAAUUGGGUUGGUGUCACUUGCAAUACUCGCCAUGGAAGGAUUCAUUCUUUAAAUCUUGGAGAUAUGGGUCUUACAGGCAUGAUAUCUCCAAAAUUAGGAAAUCUCUCAUUCCUUGUUGAACUUAAUCUUGGUGACAACAACUUUCAUGGUGAAAUGCCAAAAGAGUUAGUUCAAUUGCGAAGAUUGAAACAACUCAACCUGAGCUUUAAUGAAUUCCAUGGAGAGGUUCCAGCAUGGAUAGGGGAGUUGUCAACACUACAACACUUGAGCCUUCGCAAUAAUAGUUUUAGUGGAUUCAUUCCAAUGUCUAUAUUCAACUUGUCAAGGUUGGAGAUCUUAAAUUGGAAUUUUAAUUUAAUUGAAGGCACCAUUCCACCUGAGGUGGGAAGACUUGAGAACUUAGAGAUUUUACGUCUUGCUGGUAACAAACUUUCAGGAGGCAUUCCCAAUGAAAUUGGCAAUCUUCCACAGCUACAAAUGAUAUAUCUCUCAAACAAUCAGCUUCUGGUGUUUGCAAAUGAUUUAUCCGGUGAAAUACCUUCCGUUUGGCACCAAUGCAAGGAAUUGAUAGAUUUGUCAUUAUCAAAUAAUGGAUUCAACAAAGGAUAUAUACCAAAUGAUAUUGGAAAUUUGACCAACCUCCAAUUUCCUAUAUCUUGA